UAUUGCGUCAUGCGUGCCGUCGUGUCGUUUCCAUGAAAGCGAGCAUAAUCGAACAUGAUAUGGUAUGUUUUGAAAUAUUUUUAAAUUGAAAACAACAACGCGAGUCUCGAAAACGGACAAAAAGUGGUUUAUAAAAGUCUCUGACAAAUGGAAAACAUUAAAAGCGAAGAAAUCGUAGAAGAGGAAAAUGCGACGCAGACAAAGACUCGAAAGAGAGGAAUUAUAUACUUAUCUAACAUACCCAAAUAUAUGAAUAUCACAAAAAUUCGCGAAUUACUUUCAGAAUAUGGAAAAAUUGGAAGAGUGUACUUGCAAUUAGCAGAAAAUGAAUUAGAACGAGAUGGGAAGAUAAAAAAGCGAAAGAAAGUUUGUGCAAAAUCAUUCACCGAAGGUUGGGUAGAAUUUGAAAGUAAGAAGGUAGCAAAAUAUGUUGCACUUACAUUGAAUAAUACACAAAUUUCAACUAGGAAAAAGAGCAAAUUCUACGAUGUUAUUUGGAAUAUAAAGUAUCUCCCAAGAUUCAAAUGGAUACACUUGAGCGAGCGUUUAGCAUAUGAGCGAGCAGUACGUAAACAAAGGCUUAGAGCAGAAAUUGCACAAGCUAAACGAGAAGCAAACUUCUUCUCCCACAACGUUGAUAGAAGUAAGAAAUUGCGUAAAAAGCAACAGCAACAAGAUGGAGAAAGUACAUUUGUACCACCUAUGAUAAAACAAAGGGACACAGAUGCUGAGAUUAGAAGCAGGAAAGAGAAUGAAUCUGCAACGGAUAGGACCGGCUUCUUGAAGUCUUUAUUUGGAUGAAACUUUUUAUUUGAGCAGAACAAAUGCCAAAGAGUACCUUUACAGUAAAAUAUACAAACAGUGCAAGUAUUACGAUUACCUUUUGAUACAAACAGAAUAAAACAUGCUGUGUUUUUGAACAAUCAUAGUUUGCGUCUUUCUGUUUCCUCUCUGUUUCAAAGGUUCAUUGUUAUCUACUCGCCUUAUCUGCUCGCAAUUACGGAUGAACAGAUUAGAGUAGACAUUUAAAAUGUAUAUGUCAUAUAUUUGAAUAAAGAAAAGGACGGAAGCUCCAUGCUGCUUCAAUAUUUA